AUGGCUCAGGUUUAUGGGAAUCAACGUUCUGAUACGUUAUUUUUAGGUGGUGAGAAGGUUUCAGGCGAUGACAUUCGUAAUCAGAAUGUUCUAGCUUCGUUAGCAGUGGCAAAUGUGGUGAAAUCUUCCUUAGGUCCAGUUGGCUUGGACAAAAUGUUAGUGGAUGACAUUGGUGAUUUCACAGUUACUAAUGAUGGUGCGACUAUUCUUUCACUUUUGGAUGUGCAGCAUCCAGCUGGGAAGAUUCUUGUUGAUUUGGCGCAGCAGCAAGAUCGUGAAAUUGGUGAUGGUACAACAAGUGUUGUUAUCAUUGCUUCCGAGCUUUUGAAGAAGGCCAAUGAUUUGGUAAAGAACAAAAUCCAUCCAACUACUAUCAUCACUGGUUACAGAGUUGCAUUGAGGGAGGCCAUUCGUUAUAUCAACGAAGUUCUUUCCGUUCCAGUGGAAAGUUUGGGGAAGGACACUAUGGUCAACAUUGCGAAAACCAGUAUGUCUUCUAAGACAAUUGGUUCCGAUUCUGAAUUUUUCAGUAACAUGGUUGUUGAUGCUUUACUAGCGGUCAAGACACAAAACGGUAAGGGUGAGGUAAAGUACCCUGUGAAGGCUGUUAACAUUUUGAAAGCCCAUGGUAAGUCUGCUACUGAGUCUGUUCUAGUACACGGUUACGCUUUGAACUGUACUGUGGCAUCCCAAGCCAUGCCAAAGCAAAUAUCUGGAGGUAACGUUAAGAUUGCCUGUCUUGACUUGAAUCUUCAAAAGGCACGUAUGGCAAUGGGCGUUCAAAUCAAUAUCGACGAUCCAGACCAAUUGGAGGAGAUCCGUAAGCGUGAGACCGGUAUAAUUUUAGAUAAGGUGAAGAAAAUCAUUGAUGCCGGUGCCCAAGUUGUCUUGACGACCAAGGGUAUCGAUGACUUGUGCAUCAAGGAAUUUGUUAACGCAAAGAUAAUGGGUGUGAGACGUUGUAAGAAGGAAGAUUUAAGAAGAAUUGCACGUGCCACCGGUGCCACGUUGAUCAGUGACAUGUCCAACUUGGACGGUGACGAAGUUUUCGAAUCCUCGUACUUGGGUACCUGUCAGGAGGUUGUCCAGACCAAGUUCUCAGACGAUGAGUGUAUCUUAAUCAGAGGUACUCAAAAACACUCCUCCUCCUCCAUUAUCCUACGUGGUCCAAACGACUACUCAUUAGAUGAAAUGGAACGUUCUUUGCACGACUCCUUGUGUGUAGUAAAGAGAACGCUAGAGAGCGGAAACGUUGUUCCAGGUGGUGGUUGUGUGGAAGCCGCAUUGAACAUCUACCUAGAUAACUUCGCUACUACGGUGGGCUCAAGAGAGCAGCUGGCUAUUGCAGAAUUUGCUUCAGCACUACUAGUUAUCCCCAAGACUUUAGCGGUAAAUGCUGCCAAGGACUCCAGUGAGCUCAUCGCCAAGCUAAGAUCAUACCAUGCCGCUAGUCAACAAGCUAAGCCGGACGACUUAAAGAGAAGAAAAUACCGUAACUACGGUCUAGAUUUGAUAAAGGGCAAAAUCGUAGAUGAGGUCGAGGCUGGUGUCUUGGAACCAACAAUCAGUAAGGUCAAGUCUCUAAAAUCCGCCUUGGAAGCCUGCAUCGCCAUUCUAAGAAUUGACACAAUGAUUACAGUCGACCCAGAGCCAGAGAAGGAGGGAGAUGGCUGCGCCUGA